AUGGCAACGGAAAGAAGAGCCCGGACGGAGAAGAAAGGGACAGAUUUGGGGCAUCCACAGAUGCUCUCAGAACUCCAUGGACCGGCUCAGAAACUGGGGCAGCGGAACAGGAUUUUGGGGGGAACCCCCACACGGGAUCCCCUUCAGCCGGGGAUGGAGGCGGACAGGAAUGGCCAGAGAGGUCUCUUAGGGACUGCUGAUCGCCUCCCUCUCCCCGUAGACCGAGAGACGGAUGCCCCCCGCAUCGUUGGGGGCUACAUGAUGGCCCCCCACUCCUCCAAGUAUCUGGUGUCUCUGAAGAGGAAGACGGGCUUCCACUUCUGCGGGGGGGCGCUGGUCAGCCGCAGCUGGGUCUUGACCGCUGCCCACUGCAAGACGGGAAGGGACCAGAUGCUCAUUGUGGCCGGAGAAUAUUCCCUGUCCAUUUUUGAGGGCACCGAGCAGAUCUUCCGGCCGGCCCGCAUGGUCCUCCAUCCGGACUACAGCGCCUCCUCGAAAAAUGCGGACAUCAUGUUGAUUAAGCUGAGCCGCCCGGUGGCCUACAGCCCCUUCGUCUCCAUCGUGCCGGUCCCUCGGCAAGGGACGAAGGUUCGGGCCGGCCGCUUCUGCCAGGUCUCCGGCUGGGGCUACACCACGCCCAUCGGGGGCAGGACGUCGGACACCCUGCGCAGCGUCCACCUGCCCCUCGUCUCCACCUGCAAGUGCAACAGCUCCGCUUCGUACGCCGGGUACAUCACCGAGAACAUGAUUUGCGCCGGUUUCAGACGGGGAGGAAAAGACGCCUGUCAGGGUGACUCCGGGGGGCCCCUGGUGUGUGACGGGCGGGUGUUCGGCAUCGUUUCCUGGGGACACAGCUGCGCCAGCCCCGGGUAUCCCGGCGUCUACACAGCCGUAGCCAACUUCCAGAAGUGGAUCUACAAGACGAUUUUCCAGAAAUAA